GUGUGUUUCUAUAGGUUAUGUGUUCCAGGUUUCAUGUUGUCAUGGUGUGUGUCUAUAGGUUAUGUGUUCCAGGUUUCAUGUUGUCAUGGUGUGUUUCUAUAGGUUAUGUGUUCCAGGUUUCAUGUUGUCAUGGUGUGUGUCUAUAGGUUAUGUGUUCCAGGUUUCAUGUUGUCAUUGUGUGUGUCUAUAGGUUAUGUGUUCCAGGUUUCAUGUUGUCAUGGUGUGUGUGUGUCUAUAGGUUAUGUGUCGCGGGGUGGCAGUGACUCGGACGAUUCCUCCGACAUGGAUAUGGACACUCUCAUCUCCCUUGUAUCCCAGAACAACAAGCGAACCACAUCAGACCCGGUCGGUCUACGCCGGAUUAUGGAGGAGAGGAAAGAGGAGAGGAAAGAGAGGAAGGAGAGAGAGGAGAGGAAAAAGAAUGAGAAGGGAGAAGGAGAACAAGAGAAAAAUAUGAAAUACGGAACUAUGUCUCCACUGAGAAAAAACAAAAAGAAGGAGAGAAUUGAGGAGAAGGUGGGGGGAGUUGGGGACCAGAGAGAGAAAGAUACUGAAGCAGGAGGAGAGGUGAACUCUGGGAAACAACGAGGAGCAGAGAACGGAGCAAUGCAGGAAGACGACAGAGAAAGAGAGGACGAGAGCGCAAAGAAGGAAAGAGAAGGAAAGGAGAGGAAAGGAGAGGAGGAGAGAAGAGGAGGGGAGAGGAAAGGAGAGGAGGAGAGAAGAGGAGGGGAGAGGAAAGGAGAGGAGGAGAGAGGAGGAGUGGAGAGGAAAGGAGAGGAGAGAGGAGGAGUGGAGAGGAAAGGAGUGGAGGAGAGAGGAGGAGGGGAGGUUCGGGGAGCUAUGACAGAAGAGCACCGGUCCGUAUCAGAGGAGGCAUCAGACUCGUGUCGUACUGAUUCUCGUUUCAUGACCAGCAUCUCCAGUGACUCCCUGGAUGCUCUGGAGGAAGAUGACCUGAUCGCCUGCUCUUCCUCCCUCCCUCACCCUCACCCUCCCUUCCGUCUCACAGUGGAGCCCCCUCAUCCCCAGCCUCACCCACGAGAGGGUGCAUCCUCACCCCAAGGAGGGGCAGGAGAGUGGAAAGGAGAUGUAGGAGGAGAGUGGAGAGGAGGGGUAGAAGGAGAGUGCAGAGGAGAGUGGAGAGGAGGGGGAGGAGAGUACAGAGGAGGGGGAAGAGGGAGGAGAUCGGGCAACGGAGCUUGGGUCAACUCUCACCAUUCUCCCAUGACCCCUGACUCUAUGAACUCUGAACCUGCAAGUGACGAUGAGGAUGAGGAGGAGAAGAGGGAAGAGAGGAGGAGGAGUAAUGAAGGAACUGGACAGGAGGUAUUGUCUGUAUCCGGAUGUCCCCGGUCCUCCUCCUCCUCACUUAUGGACUGUGUGUUUACCUUCGAGCAGAGCGACGCGAGGCAUUACUACAAUAUCUGCCCUAAUGUUACCCCGACAGCACCCGCAGCCUCACCCACCCUCACCCUGAGACUGAGGAAGAGGAAGGUGGUGGUGAGGAGGAAGAGCAGGGGCGCUCCUAACCUUGGAGCCCGUGCCCAUCCUCCAGCCGCCUCCAGGGUUCGGAGACAGCAGUUCUGA